AAAGAAAUAUAGUUUACUUCGGUUUUUGACGGCGACAAAGAAACAAGUGAACAAUGAAAAUACUAGAGAAAUGUCGGCUUAAAGAAAUCGUCAAUAAAAUUGUCCAAAAUUGUAAUUUAAAACUGUUAACUUAUGAAGAUCAAGAAAAUACAAAACAGAUCGAAAAUUACUUUGGCGUCUUGAUUCCGUUAAAAAUUGUUGGACUCGAAAAUUCUGGUAAAGAAAAAGAAGUUAACGUUAUGCUCAAAUUGAAACCUAAUAAAAUUGACGAUCGAAUGAAAGCUGUGUUAGAGUAUUUAUUUGAAACGGAACAUUACCUGUAUAGCAGAUUGAUACCGAUGUUCAGACAAUAUAAUGUUAAUAUAGAUGAAAUCAUUCCAAAAUGCUACUACGCUGACCUAGAACCGGGAAACGAAGUAAUUAUCCUACAGGACAUGACAUAUAAAGGCUAUCGACGUUAUUCUGGUGACGGGUUCUUUGAUUACGACCACGUCCUUGUGUCCUUGAAAACCCUCGCUAAAUUUCAUUCCCUUUCCUAUAUUUUAUUGAAAAAUGGUAAGAAACCAGACGACGAUGAUAUUUUAAGACCGUACACAAAUACCCACCCCGCAGAACUGAAUUUGGCUUUAAAACUAUCUUUGGAUAACCAUAUAAAGUAUUUUAAUGGAAAUAAAUAUGAAUUUAUAAAAUCAUUGAGGGAAAGGUAUGACUUAAUAAGAGGGGGCGUUGUAAAAGGAACGAAAUGUUUUGUCUAUGCCCAUGGCGAUUUUUGGAAAGAAAAUAUUCUAUUGAAAUACGAGGCAGGCAAACCCAUACAGGCAUGUAUAGUUGACUUUCAGACAGUACAAUAUAUGAGUGCAUCUCAAGACUUUCUCAACUUUCUUAUAUCCUGCACUAACUCUGAAAACAGAAAGGAAUAUUUCGAGGAAUUCCUAACGAUUUAUCUCGCAACUGUAAUCACCACAUUACGAGAAAAUUAUGUGGAGAUACCAUCAUUGAAGGAAGAUUUCAAGCAUGAUUUGAGACUAGUAGCUGAACACUGUAUUAUUCGAUCGUUUAUGGCCUUUGCGCUGUGGUGUGGUUUGGAAGAAGGGGGUGAAACCUUAUUGACGAGUAUAAAUACGAUAAACAAAAGCCAAGCUAUUUUACGUUUUACAAAAAUAAUUGGUGAUGUGCUUGAUGAUCUUGAUCAGGUGGGCUUGAUAACAUUGUAGGCAAGAUAAAAGUAUUUGUGUAUCCAAUGCACUACUUUAUAUAACGAACAGUUAUAGUCCCGUUACCAACGGGUCGUUUUAGGCGUAAGUUUAAGUUAUUAAUUGUAUACUUUAGCGGAUAGAUUUACGCUACCGGAUAGACUCAUAAUCAUAAUCAUAAUCAUAAGCUUGCUUCGCCAUGUAAUUUUGUGACUGACUGACCACUAACGUUCGACGAAUAAACGGAACAUUUUAUAACACCACUUCGAGUUACAUCUCGCGAAUUCGACCAUGUUUCAGACCGAGCCAUCGUACGUAUAAGUAAAGUAAUGUAUAUCAAACAAAAAUAAUAAGUAAAGUUAAUGUACUGAUCUAUUUCAUAUCUUGGUACAAACUAUGCUCGAAAUAAUAUACUUACACGUAUUUUAAAUCUAUAUAAUAAGGAGUACGCAAGCCUCGACCUAUUCCACAUUAUCUCCAAGCCCGUCUUUUCGAAAGAGAUAUGCAAAUCAAAUGGGCUUUUAAGAUCACAUUAAAACGCACACUUACAGACCCUCACAAAUUACAUAUUCCCACACACUCCUCAACUAAUAAAUUAUUAGUUAAAUUGUCUUGGUUAGUACAUAAUGAUCUUCGUAUGAACGUUUUGGCAAAAAAAUUUAAUUUAAAAAUUGUAAAAAUUAAAUAUUAUUUAAAAAAAGCUUUGGAUUAUCAAUAAACUAUUAAAAUAAAAUAACAACAUGUUAGGCUUGUAAACGGGUUUUACAGUCGUAAUAUUUUGUUUAAAGUUUGUCUUAUGACUUGAUAAAAUACUAGGAAUAAGCAAAAUUCGGUAAAUUGUAAAAAUAACUGUACAAAUUAAGAUUGUAAACAUUAUUUUGUAAGCAAAUAAAUACAUUAUGCAUUUGAAUUAUUUACUGGUACCCUGCAAUUAACGUGCUCUACAAAACGUUAUAGAAAUGCCUACAAUUAAUCGUGUCAUAAAUGAAACCUCGAACUACGAGUAAAUUAAUGUGUAUUGAAUGAAAGAAACAUGUCACGUAGGCGAGAAAGACGCCUGAAGGUCACCAAAGAUCAAUGGUAGAUCUUGGUCUGAAUAUUAACUAAACCACCCUUUUCAUAUCAACUACUCUAGGUUACACAAUAUGAUCCAAUUUUCUGUAGAGCCACGGAUAUAUUUAUUUAAGAUAUUCGAUAAUUUAGGUCCAUAUUCUAAUUCGUAUCUCAACUCUGGUCAAGUCUUGAGCGCUGUCAAAUAUGUCAAAAUAUAGAAAAUAUGGUUUGACAGCUAUUAAAACUAGAGUUAAUUUUUAUUGGCCUACUAGAAAACGGGCCUAAAUGUUC